GCGGAUUAAUAAGGUGAAGUGGGAUAUGACUUACAUAGAAUAAACCAUGUGAAUAAUAAUCAUUUACGAUUGCUAAGCCAUGGCAUCGAUAAAGCUAACAAAAGAUAGCCCUAUCAUUAUUGUAGGGGCAGGAGUGUUCGGUCUGUCGAGCGCACUCCACCUCUCACAAGCAGGUUACAAGAACAUCACUGUUUUCGACAAACAGCCGUACGCAGAAAAUGCGUAUUCCACCACCGACGGCGCCGACGCAGCAUCCGCAGAUUUUAACAAAGUCAUGCGGAUGAGCUACGGCGACGAGAUCGAGUAUCAAAGGCUUGCAUUCGAAGGCAUCGACAUAUGGAAUGCGUGGAACGACGAGAUCAGAUCUUCGGAACCUGGGGACCUGCCGUACGGCCUCAAGCCUACGGAUCUUAUCUGGAAUAACUGUGGAUUCCUCCGCAUGAGCAUCGAUGGGAAGUUAUCCGCAGUCGAACAUGCUACCCUUGCAGGGAUGACCCGCGAGGGUCUGCGUCAAACGCAAUUUGUGCUGGGUGAUGUCGAGGACGAGAAGAGCGCGAGAUCGCAUUUCAGAGAGGGAGAAUGGGAAAAGAAGUCGGAUCCGUUUGGACGCAAGAAACAGGGGAAGGACCUUGUCGGUGUUUUCGACUCUACGGCCGGGUUUGUUGAAGCUAGUAAAGCGUGUAUAUGGGCGAUGCAUCUGUGUCGCAGGAAUGGUGUUCGGUUUGUGUUGGGUGAGAAGGAGGGCCAAGUCUUUACGUUCAUUAAAAACGAAAGUGGUAGAACAGUCGGUCUUCGUACCGUGUCAGGCGUCGAAUAUCACUCCGAGCUUUUGAUAUUAGCAGCUGGUGGCUGGACGCCAUCGCUACUUCCGUCUAUAUCAUCACUUCUAGAGACAACUGCGGGUAGUGUCGUGUACUUCCAGUUACCACCCAAAGAUCAAGCCCCAGAGCUGUGGGACAAGUUCUCGUCGGAGAAUUUCCCCGUCUUCGCAUACGGGGGCUGGUCGAAGGGUCACGGUAUCGGAGGUUUCCCUCGGACUGAAGACGGAAUAGUAAAGAUAGGAUAUCGCGGUACUAAGUAUACCAAUUACGAAGAUGUCCAAGACCCUGUUACAGGCUUAAAGCAUCGCAUAAGUGUUCCUAGAACGAGAUACUGGCCUCAACCCCACGACCCCGCGAUUACUAAGCAAGCCGUCGAUGCCGUUAAGGAAGUGGUAAAGGAGGCGAUGCCCGAGCUUACAGCGAUUGGAAUUACGGGAUGCAGAAACUGUUGGUAUACCGAUAGUCUUGACAAUUCGUUUCUCGUUGAUUUUGUACCUGAAGAUGAAGGUAUGCUUAUAUGCUCGGGAGGCUCUGGUCAUGGUUUCAAGUUUCUCCCAAUAUUGGGGAGGGAGGUAGUCAAGAUUAUUGAGAAUCCAGGGGAGAAGAAUGCUCUUGGAAAGCUCUGGCAGUGGCGAACUAAGGAAGUUGGACCUAGGAAUGGCCUGGAACAAGGCGAGACAGGGCCUAGGAAUUGGAAAAAGCAAGUGAUGGCGACCAAAGAUGACUGGAAAUUUAAGGAGUAAUAUGGUCUUUGAGGCAAAUUGUAAACAUAAAAAUUUAUUCCAAUGCUUGGCAGGAAUUUCGAUCGCUAAAUCUUCUACGGAUUUUAGUGCCCAGAAGUCGAUGGAUGUUGAUUGUUUAGGGGUUUAGGAUUGACCCCGUGG